AUGAUAAAAAAGGAAAUUCUACAGGCUUUGGACAGGGAUGACCUGACCCCUCCUCUAUGCUGGAUAAUGACAUGCCUGCCUCCCAGUGCUUCACCAGGACCGGAGGCCGCCUUAAUGCCUGAUCCAGGGCCAGGUGAAGUUUCUGCAACAGCCACUGCCCCUCCGCCAGCUUUCCCAGAGUUCACAGAGCCGCCGUUUGGGCAGGCUCUGAUCCUGGUGACAGAAGCCUCUGGCCAACACUUCCAGGAUCCGGCUCCAACCAAAUCGCCCAAGCUAUACCCGCCUCUCCCCAUGAGUACUGACAAGAAGGGGAGGGAGACGUUGGAAUUAAGCAGAGACUGCGCUCUGCCAGAGAGCCGAGGGAAUGAAAGAGAACAGACAAGAGACAGUGCAAGCUGCUGCUCUGGGAAAGUCUAUCUCGGGCCCUCUGGAAAACAUCUGCCCCAGGGACAGGACAGUCCUUCAACUGGUCCCAAGGGAGGCCCUGGGCCAGUUACAGCCAAACCAGUGUGCCUGGUGCCGAGGUUUUGGCCACUGGAAGGAUGA